UCUCUGUUGUUGUUCAUGAUGGAGUCUCCUCACAGCAGCCGCAGCAGUCCCAUCGUGGAGCUCAACACUUUGCAGCUGUGUGACACGGAAGGCAUGGAGUCUGCGGACAGCGGCAUCGGGGACGUGGACGACCUGCCGGUCCCGCAGCAGGUCCGGAUCAGUAACAUCACCUGCGAUUCGUUCAAGAUCAGCUGGGACAUGGAGAGCCGAGGACGAGAGCGCAUCACACACUACUUCAUCGACCUGAACAAGAAGGAGAACCAGAACUCCAACAAGUUCAAACACAAGGACGUCCCGACGAAGCUAGUGGCGAAGGCGGUUCCUCUGCCGAUGACAGUCAGAGGUCACUGGUUCCUGAGUCCUCGCACAGAGUACACCGUGUCCGUCCAGACGGCCGCCAAACAGCCGGACGGGGACUACGCUGUCUCUGCGUGGAGCGAGAUCAUCGAGUUCUGCACUGCAGAUUACUCCAGCGUCCAUCUGAAUCAGCUGCUGCAGAAAGCUGAAGCGAUUGCCGGCAGGAUGCUGCCGUUCACCGUCUUCUACAGAAACCAGCAGAGGGAGUACUUCCAGCAGCCCAGCCCGUCUUAUCGCUCCAGAGACGCUCAGUGUCGCCACAUGCUGCCGUCUGUUAAAGACGACAGCGGCAGCCACGGCUCACCAAUCAGCGGCAAACUGAAGGGAAUCUUCUUCAGCUGCAACACAGAGUUCAACACGGGGAAACCACCGCAGGACUCCCCGUACGGACCCUACCGCUUCCAGAUCGGAGCCGACGCCCUCUUCAACCAGAACACCAACCUCUACUUCGGGGACUUCUACUGCAUGUACACGUCCUACCACUACAUCAUCCUGGUCCUGGCGCCGGACGGCUCCGAUGGGGACGCCUUCUGUAAGGGGAGGCUGCCGGCGCUGGACAGGUCCAAAAACUGCUUCCUGAGCUGCACCGAGGAGGACGGCGGCUCGCUGUCCUUCCGCCACGCCCAGGACGUCAUCCUGGAGGUGAUCUACACGGAGCCUGUGGAUCUGUCUUUGGGGACGGUGGCGCCGAUCAGCGGGCACCAAAUCAUGAGUUUGUCCACCGUCAACGCCAAGAAAGACCCAAGCUGCAAGAUCUGCAACAUCAGCGUGGGGCGUUAACUUGUGACUGGACGAACAGCUAACCUGCUAACAACCGACACGGUGACUAGAGAGAAGCUAACGAGCUCCUAACUGAACUCACCGCCUGCUCACUGGGGAACGACUGGCGAACUGAGUGUGAGCAAAACUGGCGAGCCAGCCAGCAACGCAUUUAACCAUCUUUUAAUCCCGUCUCUCGUGGUCCUCCAGGAUCCAUAGAAACAUGUUUGUUGUUGUUUUGGAGGUCAAACUGAAGUAUUUAGAUUUCUGGUUGUCAGCAGGUCAUCGUCAAAAAGAGACGAGUGAAAUAUUACAUUUAUAAAUGUUUCACCUUUCAAAGGUUUCUGUCUUGUUUACUUUAGGUUUUUUUUUUCAGGAUUAAGUGAAGAUCUGAGAGGGUUCGACUCAUUCUGUAAGUAGAAACAUCUGAGUCUGUCUUUAGAUCAUUUAUACAAACAGAGAAUAAUGACAACAAUGCAGUUUUGAGUAAAUUAAAAAGAUUAACAAGAAAACAGUAGUGUCUUCACAAAACACAACAAAAAUGCAUUUUUAGAAUCAGAAAAGUCAAAAUGUAUUUGAAAAUAAAAUAUUUUAAAAAGAAGAAAAAAGU